UAAAAAUUCAACCCAAUUUCAUUCGACACCUUGACUUUCCAGAGUAUCAUAAUUAUGUCGUCAUGAAGUUUGUCAUGUUGAAUUUGAACUGAAGAAAUAUUGUAGAGGUUUCAUCUAUUAUAGCUAUUGAAAAUCAAAAUUGAUCUUUCUGCAUUGGGAAUGUCCCAAAAAAUUGAUCCAAAAGAAGUUCUCAGUAUUCUCAAUGCUUUGGGUUAUAAAAAUAUAGAUUCAAAACAACUUAAACUUUUUAUAAAAGAUUUGAAGAAACUCAGAAAAUAUGAGGGAAGAAAACAUAAUCGGCCAAUAAAUGCUUCAAAAUCUGAAGCGAAAACAUCGAAGAGGUCAGUGAAAAUAAUACUCACAAAACCUUCUGGAUCUAUCUUGAAUUUGAUGGAAGAUUCAGAGGUAUUGAAUUCAACAGAUAAUUUAAAAAAUGUUCAAAAAUCUCCAGAUCGAAAUAAAACUGCUCUGAAAAGUUCUCACAAUCAAUUUUCAAAUUCUCACCAUCUUCCUGCACGCGUUUUAGUUUUGAAAGUAUCACUUUUCCGCAUUGGUGCUAGAAAGAGAUUUUUCUGGCAAGUAUCGCAACAGUUGCGUACACGCUAA